UCCCCAUCCUCCCUCCAGACACCAUCAAGCAGCAUCACUUCUCCCUUUUGUUUUCCUCUUUUGUGUUUUUCUGUAAACGCAGACGGCGCAGCUGAGAUCGGCUGCAGCUGCACCGCCUGCGCAGCUGCAGCCGCUUUUGCGCGUCUUUUGUAAAAGAGAAGAGCCGCACAAAGGAAACGCGCAGAGGAGGCGUGCGUGGGAAAAAAGAAAAAGUGAGUGUUUUCCGUGGAGCAGAAGGUCAGAUUGGAACACCUGCAGCUCCGCUCGUUCAUCUCGGACAGGUGUGCGCGCGCCUUCAAUAAAAGCGCUUCCUGCUUUUCCUGUCGCUCCCAUCCGUGACGCGUCUCAUCCCGAGGGCGUCACCUGUUUUCCACCUGAUCGACUGAGGACUCAAACCCACUGCCUAAGCCUAAAAACUGUUUAAUAUUUGGGUUUUGGCGCUAUCGUUCACCUUUGGAUCAGAACAGGUGAGAGCGCGCGCUCUCCUGAUCAUCACGUGAGGAGAAAGGGUUAAAGGAGGCGCAGUGAGACGCUGGAGGAGCUGAAGUCAUCCGGCAGAAAGGAGGCGGGGAGACACGCACAGAGCUCCAAAAACACCCAUCCAGGACAUCCACGCGGGUUCUGUUGCGCGCAGCCGCGUUUGGCUGACAUUUACGCGUAGAAUGAGGAUAAAAACGGCGCAGCCGUGACUACAGAUCCAGGUCUACGCGCACGGACUGCCUUUCAGCAGCAGGCUGUGGCUGACGAUGACAGAUCCACGGAGCUCCAGAGCGCGUGAGGGCUGUGGAAACGGAACCUUCUCUGCCAGCCUGGAACUUGAACGCUGGACGCAGCUCCCGUCUUUGCGCACGGCGCGCCUCUUUUAGGAAACUCUCCUCUCCAUCUUCUAGACCUCCUCCAAGGAGACGCUCCGGGAAACUUCAGGACCUUUCUGGAUUACUGGCAUCGAACAGUGGAGCGUGGAGUGCGCACUCAGCUGGAAAAUCUCCAAUUUAUUCCUCUGAAAGUUAAAGAAAUCAUCUUGUAGAGUCCAGAGGGGGCAUCAUGCCGGUCCGGAGGGGCCACGUGGCCCCGCAGAACACCUUCUUGGACACAAUCAUCAGGAAAUUUGACAGUCAAAGUCGUAAGUUUAUCAUUGCCAAUGCAAGAGUGGAGAACUGCGCCAUCAUCUUCUGCAACGAUGGCUUCUGCCUCUUGUGCGGUUACUCGCGGGCGGAGAUCAUGCAGAAGCCGUGCACCUGUAACUUCUUGUACGGACCUGAAACCAAGCGGCUGGCCAUUGCCCAGAUGGCUCAAGCCCUUCUGGGGUCCGAGGAGAGGAAGGUGGAGAUCAACCUGUACCACAAAGACGGGCAGUGUUUCCCGUGCAUGGUGGACGUGGUGCCGGUGAAGAACGAGGAUGGCGUGGUGAUCAUGUUCAUACUGAACUUUGAGGUCAUGACUGAGGAAACUCUCCACAACCGCAAACAGGAGCUGAACCACCGGCUGCCCACUUGGCUUGUGACAGGUCGUCCACGAGGCUUCAAGUUGCGUCUUCCCCCACUGCGCUCCCUGUCCAACAGUAAAGUGUCCCUGGAUGAUGCAGAGACCGGUCGCAUCCCCACCGCCACACCUCUGCCCUUACAUUCAGACCACCACAGCCCAGAGUCCUUAGGCCUGGGGGAGUUCAUGCCACUGCCCUCAUUAUCAACAGACCGACAGGAACAACUCAGCGGAAACAGAUCAACCCUCCAGAGUUGCCAAGAAGAGCAGCAGGAGGACCAGUGCACCUUACUGUGCUCGGAGCCUCUCGUGUCUCCCCCUCCCCCCCUAACUCACCUGGUCGGUCCUCUCAACCAGUCCUCCCCGUUCAUAGCGGCCCACCAUCGGCUCAGCCUUAACCCAGACGGCUCGGGCUCCAACUGCUCCCUUUCGCAUAGCCGCUCGCGGGAAAGCUUCCACAGCAUGCGUCGCGCCUCCUCUGUGGACGAGAUUGAGGCCAUGAGGCCAGAGUGGGACCGGAAGAACAGGAGGGGCAGCAUCCGGCCGGCCAGCAGCAGCACCGGUGCUGUUAACAGCAAGUCAAACAUGCUGAACUCCACCUCCGACUCUGACUUGAUGCGCUACCGCGCAAUUUCAAAAAUCCCUCAGAUCACUCUGAACUUUGUGGAUUUCAAACCUGAUCCACUCAUCGCCCUGCCCUCUGGGGAGAUGGACAUCAUCGCCCCCUGCAAGCUCAUCGACCGGACGCACAACGUUACAGAGAAAGUCACACAGGUGCUGUCUCUGGGUGCAGACGUGUUACCCGAGUACAAACUUCAAGCUCCCCGCAUCCACAAGUGGACGGUGUUGCACUACAGCCCCUUCAAGGCUGUGUGGGACUGGCUGAUCCUGCUGCUGGUCAUCUACACCGCCAUCCUGACACCUUACUCAGCUGCAUUCCUCCUCAACGACCAGGUGGGCAACUGUGGUUACUCCUGCUCUCCUCUCAAUGUGGUGGACCUCAUCGUAGACAUCAUGUUCAUCAUUGACAUCCUCAUCAACUUCAGGACUACAUAUGUGAACUCCAACGAUGAGGUGGUGAGCCACCCGGUUCGCAUUGCUGUUCACUAUUUCAAAGGCUGGUUCCUCAUUGACAUGGUGGCCGCGAUUCCCUUUGACUUGCUAAUCUAUCGGAAUGGAGAGGAGACCACUACUCUGAUUGGUCUGCUGAAAACUGCCCGCCUCCUGCGUCUGGUGCGUGUCGCCAGAAAGCUGGACCGCUAUUCGGAGUACGGCGCUGCCGUCCUCUUCCUUCUCAUGUGCACCUUUGCUCUUAUUGCUCACUGGCUGGCAUGCAUCUGGUAUGCAAUAGGUAACGUGGAGAGAAAUGGCUCUAUAGGCUGGCUCCACACUUUGGGCGACCAACUAGGAAAACACUAUAAUGAUUCUAUCAAAGGUUCAGGACCUUCAAUCAACGACAAGUACGUCACCGCUCUGUACUUCACCUUCAGCAGUCUGACCAGCGUGGGAUUCGGGAAUGUGUCUCCCAACACGAACUCUGAGAAGAUCUUCUCCAUCUGUGUCAUGCUUAUCGGAUCUCUGAUGUACGCCAGCAUCUUUGGGAACGUGUCAGCUAUCAUCCAGCGGCUUUACUCCGGAACGGCCCGCUACCACACCCAGAUGCUCCGAGUGCGAGAGUUCAUCCGCUUCCACCAGAUCCCCAAUCCUCUCCGGCAGAGGCUGGAGGAGUACUUUCAGCAUGCCUGGUCGUACACCAACGGCAUUGACAUGAAUGCGGUGCUGAAGGGAUUUCCUGAGUGUCUCCAGGCGGAUAUCUGCCUCCACCUGAACCGGACUCUUCUGCAGAACUGCAAGGCUUUCAAAGGUUCUUCCAAAGGCUGUCUCCGGGCUUUGGCCAUGAAGUUCAAGACGACGCACGCGCCGCCGGGUGACACGCUGGUCCACGCGGGGGAUGUCCUCAUGGCCGUGUACUUCAUAUCCAGAGGAUCCAUAGAGAUAUUGAGAGGGGACGUGGUGGUGGCAAUCCUAGGAAAGAAUGACAUCUUUGGGGAGCCCAUCAACCUCUACACCCGCCCAGGCAAAUCCAACGCCGACGUCAGAGCUCUAACGUACUGCGACCUCCACAAAAUCCUACGGGAAGACGUUCUGGAGGUGCUGGACAUGUAUCCGGAGUUUGCGGAUCACUUCUGGAACAACCUGGAAAUCACCUUCAACCUCAGAGACACCAACAUGAUCCCCGGCUCCCCCAGCAGUGAUGAUUCCACCUGUGGGGGGUUCAACAAACUACGAAGACGGAAGCUAUCGUUCCGUAGACGAACAGAAAACGAUGAUGCAGAUGCUGGCGAAAUCAAAAAGUCUCACAAGUCCAGACGAAGACAGCGGGACACAGCGAACAACCAAAAGGACAGAGAGGAGGUACCUAAAAAACAAUGGGCGGGACUUCGGAGCUCAGUCUCCACACACUCAAGUGGUGAUGAGGGGGAGGAGUCAGUCAUCAGCAGCCUUGCUCCACCUGCAAUAAUGGAGACUCCUAAAACUCUAGCCCCACCCCCAAACUUCAAUGAGAACGCAGAAGGUGAUAGAGAUCCCAAGACUGGAAACACUUGCAACGCGCUGUCAGGCGCGUUGUCUGGGGUGUCCAACAUCUUUAGCUUCUGGGGAGAGAGCCGAGGGGGCGGUCAGUACCAAGAAGUCCCCAGCUACAGCCUGGUCUCCCCACCGCCAGCCAACACACCCCUGCAUAGCCUGAGCCGACACCAACGCAGCCAGCUGGACUCGCGACUGGACCUGCUGCAGAAACAGCUCAACAGGUUGGAGAGUCGCAUGUCAACAGAUAUUGGAGUCAUCAUGCAGCUGCUGCAGAGGCAGAUGGCCCUGGUCCCCCCAGCAUAUAGUUCAGUGUCAUCUCCACCUCAGUUCUCACCAUUUCCUGGUCCAGGACAAGGUCAAGGGGAAAGAACAGCCCUACCAGUUACACCCCUGCACACAGAUGGUUUGACCUCACUGUCACAGGUCUUGAAUUCCCAGGAUUUUGAAGAAUACCCACUAAAGCCAUUGGAUCAUACACAGGCACGGGACUCAGUAAUCACAAGCACACAGGACCAGCCUGGGACUUCUGGUUUGGAGAGCCUGCACCAUGAUCUGGAGAUGGAGCUGGGGCUGGGUGCCGGGGCUGGCAUUUUAUCAGGGCCAGGGGUAGAUCAAAGCUCAGAUUUAGGGUUAGAAUUUGGAUAUGGGGCAGAAGAAGAAUCAAGUUUAGGAGCAGGGUUAGACUUUGCUUCAGGAGUUGGGGCAUCUGCUGGGGCUGACUUGACAUCUGCAGAUCCUGAAAUUCAAAGGAGAGGGUCACUCCAAGAUACACAGAUGCUAUUGGAUUCAAGGACACCAGAGGAACACAGCUCUGACCCAGGGGGGAGCUAAGAACAAGUUGGCAAGAGUGGGUAAGAGUAUGGUAAGGGAGAGGUUCUGUCUAUUUUCUACUUUCUAAGUGACACCUUGAAGAGCAAGAGACACCUACUGUAUCUACCUAAGGCUGCAAGUGGAACUGAGCAAUUGCAUCUUUAUUGCGUGUCUCCUCAGAAUGAUCAAAAGUUGGACAAGGGAUCUCCCCUCUCUUUCCCUCUUUCUUGAUGUCUCACUUUCAGUUCAUCUGGAGCUUUUUAACCUCCACGGCAGUUCAACCUUUAACCAAAACUACAAGCAGAGCAAAAAGAAGUUCUUCGUCUUAGUUAACCCAAACCAGACUGUUCAGAGCUGAAGUUCUCUGUCACCCUCACAGAGACCUUUUAUCCAUAGAACUAUCCCUUUACUGUUUUGGAUGACCAGAGAGAACACGCGAAGACAACAUUGGUCUAAAAACUAACAAAAUAAGUAGCCUUUGAAGUCUUGCACUGAAAACCUUGAUUUGGUGACUCUUUAUGUCCACAGUGCUUCCGAUAAAAUCUCAGACUGGUUGCUAUGUUGUUGUGUUAGCUGGCCUAACAGGAAUCCUGCUGUUCCCAUUCUGUCAUUGGUUGCCCUGCCCUCCCCCAAGAGGCGGGCCUAAGACUACAUUCAUCCAAGAGCACACUGGAUUGGCUGGGCUGCACCUCAGGGGCUGGAAAGGGAGGGUUAAAAGCCAUGAACUUAUUUGAUGAACAUAUCAGCUGCCCUGUCAUAGAGAGUUUUCAUCUUUGUUAGUGAGCUGAGUUAAUGACAUGAAGCAUCAUGAGCAGAGAGGCUAACAGGUAAACUGGCAAACUUAUGAGUUUUCCGUAAGUGUUGCACCAGAAGAAUUGUGUAUGUUCUUUGUAAAGUAAGAUGCCCCAAGUGAACCAACCACAUGAGUUGGGAGGUUUCGGAAAGAUGGCUAGAUGCCUUGCUCAUUAGUCUAAUGCAAUCAGCAGAGGUUUCUAACAUCCAGCCAAAGCUCAAGCAUGCCGUGAUUCUAAUUUGUGUUCAAUUUCCUACCUCAGAUUUCCUUGGUUUCUUUUUCCACCCAAGCAUGAAUUCAGAAUGGUUAUACCUUUUGCUUAAGCGCUCGUGUAGUGUAAAUGUAAAAGUUUGCCAGUUUACAACGACCAGCCGAAUGCGCCGUUAGUCCAUGUACAGUCCAAUAUGCAAACACUGGCUAGAAGAAAUGAAUGGAUGACUGCUUCAGUUUCAUGGUUGUGACAAAUUCAGGUUUGAUGCUUUUAAUGUGUGUUUGUCCCUGUUUUGCCUGUUGAGCUGGGCAUCUUGAACAGUUUUGUCUACAGAAAGAGGAUGAUGACUGGAUUCUGUAGGUUUACUUUACCCCAGAAGGAGGGAUGUGAAUUAAGUGUUUGGAGAGUGUGAAACUUGGCAGCUCAAACACUUCAGAUUACUGACUAUAACCAAGAACAGCCAUUGUGAAGAAAGAAGAAACCUUGGCGAAGGAGCUUGCUGAAACCUCUGACUUGUCUGAUAAUGUCCUUUUUUUGAGAUUUUAUUGUCAAAGAAAGAAGAAGCUCAUGCACAGGAGGGAAUUACUUCACCAUGCCAGCACUUUACCCUGUUAAUCUAACAGAAACAACUCCAUGUACUAGCUAAACAGAUUGGCUUGCAAGGAAUGUACUGCUUGUCCAAAAGUAAAGAGAAAGCAAAUAAUUCAAAGGUAGCACACUUGAUGAGAGGGACCUAGCUGCAGACUAGAUGGCUUCUGACAUCAUUGGCCGGAAGUGGAAAUUACACUACAUACCCUAACUGUAGCCCUAACCGGAACUCUUACCCCAACCCUAACUGUACCUUAAGCUCUAACCCUAACCCAAGAGAAUGAUCCUAAACAGAAUGCUUACCUGUGCAACCAUAUGUGAAGCUGAACAGACCAAAGCAUAUUUACCCGCCAGAAACCUAGAAUGAAGAAAGAACAAAAAGAAAAUUAAAAA